GCUGUGUUUUGCUGCCCAUUUUAUUUCGAAUCUGGCGCGAACCGGCGAGCCAGUUCCUGAAUCAGUCACGUGGUACGGGCUGCCCGCGAGGCCUCGAACGUCACUGCAUACGUAAUCAAAGCAAGCCUCGAGACGCGCUUCACAAAAACUCCCCCGAGAUUACCCGACACAGAUAUCGAAGCUUCGACACACAGGUCACAUCACUAUCGAUCAUAUACCAUUACCGACGUCUGGAUCGAUAUCUGUAUCGAUCUGCCCACCCUUGUCUCCUGGAUCGUAGCUGAGAUCAGCGUUAACCACGUGGGUCUCUGCUCCGAUCUGUUUCCUGUGUUUGGAAAGAGUUCCAGCUUCAUCACGGAGUUUCUCUCGGUUUGUGGGCUCAUCUAAAGGACCAACGUAGACAGAGAAGUCAGCGCUCUCAGGAGGCCGACAAACCUCACAGAAGAAAGAGACGAGUGACGAGUGUGGGAAGGAUUUUCCUCAAAGCUUCACUAAAAAAGCAUCAGGCCAUCCACAUGGGAGAGAGACCGUUCAGCUGUGAAGACUGUGGAAAGUCUUUUAUCAAGUCUAGAGACUUGAAAAGACACCAACUCAUCCACACUGGAGAGACACCGUUCAGCUGUGAAGACUGUGGAAAGUCUUUUAUCAAGUCUAGAGACUUGAAAAGACACCAACUCAUCCACACUGGAGAGACACCGUUCAGCUGUGAAGACUGUGGAAAGUCUUUUACGCAGUCUGCAAACUUAAAAAAGCACCAACUCAUCCACACUGGAGAGAGACCGUUCAGCUGUGAAGACUGUGGAAAGUCUUUUACGCAGAUGUCAAACUUAAAAAAACACCAAAUCAUCCACACUGGAGAGAGACCGUUCAGCUGUGACGAGUGCGGCAGGUCUUUUACCCAGUCUGCAAGCCUAGUAAAACACCAAACCAUCCACACUGGACAGAGACCAUUCAGUUGUAAAUUCUGUGGAAAAUGUUUUCCCUCAGCUUCAAGCUCAAAAAGACACCAGGUCAUCCACAGUGGAGUUAAAGCGUACACCUGUGAUCAGUGUGGCAAAGCUUUUACUCAGCGUAGUGGCUUACAGAGUCAUCUAGUUACCCACUCUGGAAUUAAGGCAUACACCUGUGAUCAGUGUGGCAAAGCUUUUACUCAGCGUAGUGGCUUACAGAGUCAUCUAGUUACCCACUCUGGAAUUAAGGCAUACACCUGUGAUCAGUGUGGCAAAGCUUUUACUCAGCGUAGUGGCUUACAGAGUCAUCUAGUUACCCACUCUGGAAUCAGAGCAUACAGCUGUGACAUUUGUGGAAAAACUUUCAAUCAUCAAUGGAAUCUGAAAAAACAUCAACAUAGACACAAUAGAGAAGAAAUGAACUAUUGCCAAGAAUGUGGGAGAGGUUUCACGACAUCAAAUGGCUUAAAACGACAUGAACUCAUUCACAGUGGGGUUAAAAAGCACCUCUGUGACCAGUGUGGGUCGUCCUUCACCACUGUGAGUCACCUUAAAAGACACAAAAGAGUCCACACAGGAGAGAAACCAUACAAGUGCAGACACUGUGAAAAAAGUUUCUCGCAAACGAGUUCUCGUAGUCUUCAUGAACGUAGACACAUUAAAGGAAACUUCAGCUGUGGCCAGUGUGACAAGAGCUUCAGGAAUCUCAGUUCAUACUCCGAACACAAACGAUCCCACAUUACUAAUAAACUGUUUCACUGUUACCAAUGUGCCAAAACAUUCACUUCAUUGUCUGCUCUGUGCCAA